AUGCAUGACGAAGAUUUCUGUUGCGCUGUAUGCUUGGACUUUUUCAUUGAGCCCUGUAUCAUAAAAUGCGGCCACUCGUUCUGCCAUUUAUGCAUUGAAAGUCAUUUGAACAUCACUGAAAAAUGUCCGUUGUGUCGUGCAUUUCCCGGGAAUCCAAUAAAAAAUCGACAACUAGAAUCUCUAACAAUGAGUUAUAUAUCAUUUCGGAAUCUAUCGACUUCUUACUAUGAAAGAAUGAAAUCAAACAGGAAAAAGUUGGUUCUUCAACAGAAAGCACUCUUGAUUAUAUACACAGAGUUGAGUGAUAAACCUGGUCAAUCAACAGAACUGCAUAAUUUAAUGAAAAACGUGCAAGACGAAGAACUAAAAUCUGAAAUCAGAAGGCAAGUGAGGCAACAAGUUGGCAUCGGGUUGGAACAUAUUGGAGAUCUGGAAGGGGACACUGUAACUAUUCGUCUGAAGUCUUCUUCAUCAAAAUAG